GUGGCUCUACAUUUUGUGGUAUUGCAUCUCUGUGUUUGAUGGGUAAACUGGAGGAAGUUUUUUCAGAAAAAGAACUGAACAGGAUAAGAAGGUGGUGUAUAAUGAGACAACAGAAUGGCUACCAUGGACGACCCAACAAACCUGUAGACACCUGCUAUUCCUUUUGGGUGGGAGCAACUUUGAAGCUCUUGAACAUAUUCCAAUAUACAAAUUUUGAGAGAAACCGAAAUUACAUCCUGUCAACUCAAGAUCAUCUUGUUGGUGGAUUUGCCAAGUGGCCAGACAGCCAUCCAGAUGCUUUACAUGCCUACUUUGGGAUUUGUGGCUUGUCGUUAAUUGGAGAAACUGGUAUUUGCAAAGUUCAUCCUGCCCUGAAUAUAAGCACAAGAACCUCAGAGCACCUUCACCACCUCCAUCAGAUCUGGAACAAGGACUCUAAACAGUGUUCAGAUGAAACACACAUCUCUACAUGAAUGAUUUAGACUUGAUUUUAGUUCUGAUAGCAUAAUUGUAUCCCAAGGUUAAAAGCCAUGUAUAACCAGUGUGCUCUUUUAAGUGCUGAAGUCAUACGAUCAGAUCUGUGUUGCUGGCAUCAUUUUGAUAGGUAAUUGCCUCCAGACAGUUAUUCUGCACCGAGGAUAAAAGGAAAUAUUUUGGAUAUAUAGAAGUUUGUCACCACAGAUGGUAAAUAGAUCUUCAAAUGGCUUUGCUUUUAAGAAAUACCUUGAGGCAAUUGAAUUUAAAUUUUAUUUUUAAAAUUCGUACAUACUGUGUCAAAAUAUAUAAUGGGAAAGUAUUUUCAAAAUCUGUUUACAUAUCAU